AUGGAAUCUGAACCUGUUGAUAUUGAUCAAUGCAAGGAAUCUUCGCAUAAUGGAUCAGAUUCUGAUAUUUCUAUAGGUUCUAAGUCUAAUAGAACACAAGAUAUUGAUCCUGAAGUCGAAGAAGACUCUUCAUCGGGAACGGAGAGCGAGAGUGAGAUUUACAGCGAUGAGGACGAAGAGGAUGAAGAUGACAGUGAUGACAGUGAUGAAGAUGAGGAUGAGGAUGAACCUCCAAUUUUAACUUUUUCGAGACUAACACAUAUACCAAAAUCUUUUUUCCAAAGAGAUUCAAUAUCUUCUUGUCUAUUCUCCGAUAGACUUUUUGCAUUCGGGACUCAUUCUGGACUAUUACACUUAACAAGACCAGACUUUACAACCAUCAGAACAUUUAAAUGCCACAGCUCUUCAAUUUUAUCUAUUGCCACUGAGGGUGAUUAUUUUGCAACAGGAUCGAUUGACGGAACAGUCGUAAUUGGGUCAAUAGAAGAUGCCCAAGAUAUUUCAGGGUUUGACUUCAAAAGACCGAUUCACGCUGUCGUCCUUGACAAAAAUUAUGCGAGCACCAAAACUUUUGUAUCUGGUGGGAUGGCUGGCGAUGUGGUUCUAACACAGCGCAAUUGGUUGGGCAAUAGAACUGAUACAAUACUGGAGAAAAAUAAUGGAGCAAUUGUCGGAAUAUACACCGUUGAUGAUGUAAUAUUUUGGAUGAAUGAUAAUGGUAUAACAUUUUAUUCGAGCAUUUCUAGAACCAAACUCUUGAAUAUUCCAUUUCCACAAGAUGAAGAAAAUAGACCGGAUCUUUACUGGCCCAAAGUUACUUUCCCAGAAACUGAUCGGGCUAUCGUUUGUUGGGGAAAACAUAUCUGGCAAUUCAAAGUGUCGGUCUCGAAAGUUCAAGACUCCACAAAUCAUAUCGGAUCCAUUAUAUCAAGUGCAGCAUCGAGUUUAAGAGGUGUUCCUGAUCGGAAAGUUGAAUUGGAGCACCAUAUUGAACUAAACUGCCUCGUUGCAGGAGCAGCCGCUUUUAAAGAUGAUCAAUAUCUAUGUCUUGGCAUUGAUCAAUCGAAUAAAGAUAAAUUAGAUGCACCCGAGUUAAAGAUAAUCGAUAUAUUUAAUGGAGAGGAGUUACAUACAUAUCAAGUGAUAUCGAAAUCUUUCCAGAAUAUGACUUUGAAUGAUUACCACUUAGGUGUUCAUAUUGGUGAGGGAAAAUCCGAAUACUACCUUAUUAGCUCAACUGAUGCAAUAGUAUCCAAAGAAUUAUCUUUAGAAGACCGUUUCAAGUGGUACGUGGAAAGACAGAUGUAUUUGAAGGCCUGGGAGAUUGGAGACUAUGUCGUAAACCCUAUGCAAAGGUUGCUAGUUGGCCAACAAUAUAUUGAUAGCCUACUUUUGAAACAAGAUUGGUCGACAGCAGCAGAAGCAAUCGUUAAAGUCUUUCAGGAAGUCCAAGAAGGGGAUGAAGAGCUAAUGAAUUUUAAGAUAAGUAAAUGGGGCAUGUAUAUCAUGAAAUUUGUUAAAAAUAAACAUGCUGAUGAUAUUAUUGACCAGGUACCGACAGAUCCAGUAUUAGAUUAUAAUGUUUACACUACUAUCUUACAGUCAUUUAUUACAGCAGGGAAGUAUGAUAAAGUGCUUUCUUUGCUAAAAAAAUGGGACUGUUCAUACUAUGACGUUAGAACAUUGCUUGACUCGAUAGAGGAAGAACUUGAAUCAAGAGAGGAUACUACUCUACGACGUUGCUUAAUUCAAAUAUACUCACUGACAGAUCAAUAUGUUCCACUUGUGAAGCAGAUGCUCAUACUGAAAGAUGUAAAGGUGUUAGAUGUUUUACUUGAGCAUAACUUACUCUCAAACUUUGUCAGUAGCUUAAAAGAAAUUAUUCUUUUACCGUAUAAUGAAGAUCCUAUUAACAUUGACAAAAUGCCAUUAUCUGUUGUUAGGAAAGUUUUUUCCAAAUCAAUUUUACUCCUCGUAGAGAACAGGCACUCUAUUCCUAUAGAAAGGGUAAUUUCUGAAUUUUCUGGACCACUACGAGUAAUAUUAUUUUUGUUCAUGGAGGAAUGUAUGGUUUUAGAGCCUUUAAUGGUGACACCUUAUGAAGAUGAUAUGAUAUCUCUUUACAUUCAAUUCAACAAAAAAGACCUCCUAGACUUCCUAAAAUUAAAAUCAAAUUAUGAUGUUGACAGAGCAAUAGAACUUUGUCAAGCAGAUCCUUCCUUAUACAAUGAGCUCAUAUUUCUAUGGAGUAAGAUCGGUGAGAACAGAAAGGCGUUAUCAUUAAUUAUCGAUAGGCUUGAUGACCCUAAAUUGGCCUUUCAGUUCGUCAAAGAUUCAAAUGAUAACGAGCUAUGGAACUACUUAAUAAACUAUAGUCUUGACAGACCAAAAUUUAUCAAAGCUAUAUUAGAUACAUCUGAUAUAUUUGAGGACGAAAUCGCUACAAUAGUAGAACGAGUGCCCGAUGACAUUGAGGUAGAGGGUCUCAAAGACUCCUUACAACAUAUAACAACGAAUAAUGAACUGAAAUUAGGCGUUAUGAAUAGUAUUUUCAAAAUUGUUGACGAUGAAACAAAACAAAUUGUUGCUGAAUUUCUAAUGGUGCGGAAAAAGGGAAAAGCUUUCAUGUAA